AUGCAAAAGUGCGACUACCCAACGAAACAACUCCACAACUACAGCUACGACUACGGCGUGAGGCCCACGUGUUGUUGCGGAUUUCAUGUGCAGGUAGGGUAAUUUAAAAGGAAACGUUUUAUCAGUAGGGCAUUUUUUAAAUUGUCAUUUUUUUAUGUUAUUGUCGUCUACUUUUAGGUAUCAUUUUUUAUUUUUUGGCAUUGUAGGUAACAAACGAUAAUUUUUUGCAUUUUUAAGUCUAAAAUCCUUUAUUUUUGCUCAUUUUUGAAUAGAAAGUGCUUAUUUUCAUCUCAUUUUAGGUAACAAAAGUUGAUUUUUUUGCAUUUUUCUUGAUUAAAUUGUUGAUUUCCGGCUAGUUUUUAGUGCAAAACCUUCAUUUUUAAACUAUUUUUCAAUUAAAAACCUUAAUCUUUAGCUAUUUUUAGGUAACAAGUUACAGUUUUUUAGCUUAUUUUAGGUCAGACAUCGUAGUUUUUAGCUAGUUUUAAGCAACAAAUCAAGGGUUUUAGGUUACUUUAGGUAAGAAAUUAAAGUUUUUUGCUAUUUUUAGGUAACAAACUAUAGUUUUUAUCUAUUUUAGAGUAACAUAUCACAAUUUUUAGCUUAAUUUAGGUAAGAAAUCGUAAUAUUUAGCUAGUUUUAAGUAAAAAAAGUACAGUUUAUAGCUUAUUUUAGGUAACAAAUCUUUAGUUGCGGCUAUUUUUUGUUUAAAAUUGUUUACUUUUAGCCUAAAACACUUACUUUUAGCCAGAAAAGGCUUAUUUUUAGCCUAAAAACACUAAUUAUUGCCAUUUCUUAAUCUUUUUUACAUUUCAAACCUAACUUUUUCCUUUUCAGACCGGAGCCCUAAUAAUCGGAGUACUAGGCAUGCUCUCCUGCAUAGUAGCAAUCGGCUUCUCCGCCUUUUACGGCAUGUAUUACCAACUCGGCUUUGCGAUCGGCGGUCUUCUGAUGUAUCUUUUGAUCAUUCUGGCCAUCAACUUCAAACAACCUCAACUCUUUGUACCCUUCCUCAUCACCAACUUUGUCGGAGUCAUGUUAUAUGGCAUUAUCUACAUUGUGUCCGUGUUUUACUUGUUUGUGGAGUUGAUCUCGUCACUGAGUAACGAGUACACGACGAGAGAUGCUAUUCAAGGAAGAAGUAAGUUGAUACCUAAAAUGAGGUUUUAUUAUGUAUGGGGAAUAUUAAGGUAGAUUUGCAAAGUUUUGAGCUUAUGAACUUGAGGAAAGAGGUAACAAUUUCAAUACCUAGCACGGAAGAGGGGAGGGUAAAAAACUUGGGUAAGGGGAUAGUAAGGGUCGGUUAAAGCCCAGGUACAAGUCGGGAAGGGCAAGACAGGACAUGGUGAGCAUAGGAUAAGGCAGUGUACGAGCAGAGCAGAGCAAGGCAAUGUAACGUCAGGGGGUAGGAGAAGUUAUAGAAGAAGUAGGAUAAAAGCAAAGCAGGGCAACGUAAGGCAAGGCAAGGCAAGCCAAAGCAGGGCAUGGCAACCAAAAAAAAUUUUUUAAGUUUUUAAUUUUAAAAUUUCAAUUUUCAGUGGUCCGAUGGAUAACAUUCUUCCAAAUGGUUGCCAUUUUGCUAUGUCUUGUCAUUGGAAUGUGGUUCGAAACGGUCGUUUACAGAGCCUAUCGGUUCAUGAAGGACGAAAUGGUGGAUAUGCCAACGACACAAAACAUGAUAUCAACUCACUUUUUGAAGCCGGCUACCUUCAAAAAGAGCCCUCCUGGUCAAGUCGUUUAA